AUGAAGUAUCUAACUGAGCAUUUGCCGCGGAUAGGAACUGUCACGGUAAUCCUGGAAAGCGAAAUUAAACUUAGCAUUAAAAACCUCCGCUCUGGAAGUUUGGAACUCGUGGACAUCAAUGGUUUAUCUUUUGUCAUUGAGCUACCUCAUCGCAUCCAAAUAAACAGUGGCCGGAGAGGUCUACAAAAGUCCAAUGACUGUCAUACGUUACGCUUGAAAGUAGCAAAGGAUGCAGGAGGUGAUGACAUCUACAAAGAUCGUUCAGUGAACCGCAUGAUGCUGGUGUCUCCAAAUAAAUGGAUGCGGAGAGAUCUAAUGGAAAGUGUUAGCUUUGAAUUACAAUGCCCUGUAUGCCAUAACUGCCUGAUUUCUCGCCAAGACUGCCGCAAAAUAAGUGACAUGCCAUCUGAAUUUUGGGUUGAGCUCAUGGACUAUUGGCAUUGCCAUAAACCCUUGAAUGACGAUCAGGUUAAAGUCGACCGUUACGCUAAGCUUGAGCCGCUUCAAGAUGAACUGUUGAUUGGAACAUCAUUCUUUUCUGUUAAGAGUACUUGGUCGACAAAGAGGAUGAAGCUUUUACCGGAGUCGAUUCAAUGUGCGAAGUGUCAGCGUACAUUGGGCCAAAUUUCUCGGGACUGUGCGCUGUAUAACAUUAACAAGUGGGAUGUCAAUUUGGUUCGAGGGGGUCUUUUAGAAAGCUAUCCGCCUGAGUUGCAUGUAGCUUCAUCCCUUUUGAAUUGCCUGAAUUCCAACGCUACGCGCGUGACAGUUUUGAAGUGUUCGAGGACCGAGCGAAGCGUCCUUAUUUGGUUAUUUGCCGUUGAUGUCGAUGUGUCACUCACCGGUAGUCAACUUCUAAAAAAUUGCAUAAAAGUCUACUAUAAAGACACAUGUCAAACUUAUCCAGAGUCAAGCGGUUUCCAAAACGUUGAAAAUAUUCUUGUCCCUGAGCUACCAUUUGAACGUUUCGUGGAAAGGCUACGUUCUGUCAAUGCUCAGUUGCCGAGCGCCGUUCGAACUAUGGACUCUUGGAACUUGAGCUUUAUAGAGUCAUCUUGA